AUGGACUUGUUAGAUGAUGCCGCCUCGCGCUGCGAUGCCUUUCGCACACCCAGAUAUCUCGAGGUCGUCAUUUCAAUAUUGAUCCUCCUCGGGCUUCUCGUCUCCUAUCUUCCACAGCAUUAUCGAAUCAUAUCACGACGUACAGCAGAGGGCAUUUCGCCAUAUUUUGUGCUUCUCGGUACUACGUCGGCGACUGCCGGAUUCGCAAAUAUUUUGACUGUCCCCCCCUCGCGUACCGCCAUGAGCUGCUGCAAAGAAAUCGAGCCUCUUGAAUGCGCAGCUGCUAUGCUUGGAAUCGUACAACUCGGCGGGCAAUGGCUUUGCUUUAGUCUCAUACUCGUGCUUUUCCUCAUGUUCUUCCGCUACGACGAUGCUGUAGUUCCGCAAGACGAACUUGCCGGCGAGUCGCCAAAGUGGCAAACCGCUGCGGCAGUUGGACUUCUUGCCUUUCUUCACGGUCUUAUUACCAUCAUCAUUACUGGCAUAUUCGCCAUCGCCAUGCCUCAACACCUCAACUUCUGGGCCCAUUUGCUUGGCGUCAUGGCUGCAGCCUUGGCCGCCGUGCAAUAUGUGCCACAAAUCUGGACAACCUACCAUCUAAAACAUGCUGGCAGCUUGAGUAUCCCCAUGAUGUGUAUACAGACACCCGGCGGCUUACUGUUUGCUGCUAGCCUGUACAUGCGCCUGGGUUCUGCGGGUUGGAGUACGUGGGCUAUUUACUUGCUGACUGCAGCCAUGCAGGGAUCCGUACUCUUCAUGUGUGUCUACUACGAAGUUGCUCGCCUUCGUGAACAAGCUAUGGAGUCUGAGAGCGCUCCUCUCAUCAAUGAACCCGACUCUCCUGUUGAGCACUCCAACCAGCAAAGACCUAUUGCUAAUCGCACAUACUCUGAAGGUUGGGAGCGCGGUCUACCAGGUCCUUUUACUGGCCACCCAGAACGCUACGCGGAAACCGAAGAAGACUUGGAGCAUAUUCAGGAUCGCGAAGAACGGGCUAUUGCGAGGGAGAGUCAGCCUUUGUUAAAACCAGGCGGUAUCGGCAAUCCCCACAAGAACUACUAG